AGUUUAAGGAAGAACUCCUCAUAUUGGGGAGGUAGGAUCACAUGACCUGACUGUCACCAGCUGGGUAAACAUGGCGUCUGUGUCGGGAUGUGAAAAUUACAUGUAGUGCCUUAGUGCACACGGGUUUUGGGUACCCCUCGGCGCAUUUAAAAUGUUUAAUCUGGACGUGAUGGAGUCGACGCAUAGAAGCACAAAAUUGUGCGGAAGAAAAUCGUUUCACUGAUGCUGCUGUUCGUGUUUGCCUGUGCACAGCAAGGAAGGUUUUAUGCCUGCCCCGAGCCCGUGAUUGGCGCUAGAACAAAAUGUAUUCAUCUCACGAACUAAACUGCUGUGUGGACAAUGUGAAAGCUUUGUGCGAGUACUGAAUGUAGCUGCACUUGACAGCUUGUUUUUGACUGUAAGCGGCGCAACACUGUGUGUCCUGUUUCUCAUGCCUUUCUCGACCACACCACUAUGAUUGGAUCGCCUGACGUGGUGGCUUUCACCAAAGAGGAUGAGUUUGGACAAACAAGUCCAGAGCCCUGGAGUCUACCAGAGGAGUUCUCCAUACCCCUCAAUCCUCUGGCUGACUCCAACCCCUGGGCCAAAACUUCCUAUGCCAAAUUCAGCAAAGACUUCAUCCUCAUCUCUGAGUUCUCAGAGCAGGUGGGCCCUCAACCGCUCCUCACCAUCCCAGAUGACCCCAAAGUGUGCGGCACUUUCGAUCUCAACUACUUCUCCCUGCGCCUCAUGUCCGUGGACUACCAGGCCUCCUUUGUUGGGCAUCCCCCGGGAAGUGGUUACCCACGACUCAGCUUUGUGGAGGACUCCAGGGUGGUACUGGGUGACUCCAAGGAGGGAGCUUUUGCUUACGUUCAUCACUUAACACUUUACGAUCUGGAGGCAAGAGGCUUCGUUCGCCCGUUCUGUAUGGCCUAUAUUUCAGCAGAUGAGAGGAAAAUCAUGCUGCAGUUUCAGGAGCUGUCCCUCCGCUUCUCACAGGCGUCAGAGUGUCUGAAGGCUGGGAACAGAAGAGCUUUUGCCAAAGAACUUCAGAGGAAACUUCAGGACCUGGAGUAUACUCACUCCGUGUUGCAGAGAGAAGAAGGCCUGCACAGGGAGGCGGGGCCUCAGUCCAUGUACUCAACUCAUGCUGUAGAAAAAGCCAACGAGCUCGCCAAUGUGGUGAAAAGCAUCUUCGAACACAGAGACCUGCUGAGACAGAUUAGUUCAUAUCAUGGCCGCCCACGAAGAGACCCUCAUGCUGUUACCUGUCAGAGGUGUGUGACUGAGGCCUUGAAUGAGUGUGAGCAGCUGUUGGACAACAAACCGUCAAGUCACACUGACAAAGACAGGAAACAGGUGGAUGGAGAGGUUCACACGGGUGAUGAAGAACAAGUGGAGGAGGAUGAAGGUGAUGGCAUUAAACGCAAGCCGUCUUAUAUACCCCAGCUGAUCAAAGCUAAGUCCGCCAAGUGUUUUGACAAGCGCCUCAAGACCCUCCAGGAGUUGUGUGAUGAGACUUUCUACGAGGCCACCAUGGAGCUCCUGAAGGAGACCGAGAGGAGUUUCCGGGGGGAUCUGUGUUACCUUCACACACGCCGUCUGGACAAAGCCCUACGUAGAAGACAGAGAGUUACCAACUUCCUGUUUGAGGAGGACCUCGGUGAUGACGCUGAUGAUGAGAAAGGAGUUCUAAGACCAUUUUGUGCUGUGAACCAUGCUGCUGAAGACUAUAGACUCGUUAAUCCACCACCCAUCGUACUAGAACCAUUACCCCUGGAGCUGGAUUGCCUAGAUCCUGCAGAUCCUUUAGACCCAGCUUCUGAGACCAGCCAUACACGAGAGAGUGAGCUUGGGUUUGAAGAGAGUCUUAUGGACUCCUCUGCUUCAGAACAGACUCUGGAGACCCAGGAGAGCUCAGAGGAGACCAAAGGAAGCUUCAGCAGUGAUAAGAGUGGGAAAUGUCUGCUAGAGAAACAGCCAAGUGUCGCUAGUGUGAGGUCUGAGCCUCCUGAUCCUGACUCUGACCUGACCCCAGACGCUGACCAUAACACUGACCUAGAGAGGGAGAGCAGCAGUGAGGAUAUGGAAACCACUGCGGGGGAGGAUGAGGGAGACCAGACACCUGUGUCUCUGCUGGAGGUGGUGUCUGAGCUGGACGUCGGCAAGGACGAUGACGGUGAGAAGGUCAGCAGCAAGGAGUAUGAAAGAGAGUCUGACUUGUUGGUACCAAUUGACACAUCAUGCUGCAUGGCUCAAGAGGGUUUCCUUUAUGAGGCAUCGCCACCAGAACCAAACUCUCAUUUGAGGCCAAACUCCUGCAGUCAGACCUCUCAGGCCUCAGUGGUCAACCAGGAGCCCCACUCACUUCUUCCUCUCCAGGACGAUUACUUUGUGGGCUCUGUGUGCUCAGAGAGCCCUGCAGCCAGACAGGAGCUGUCCACUGGACACCUGGGAGAUACAGUUUCUCGUGCCUCACUAGACGACGGGUCAGACUGCACCAUGAGUGCUUCUACAGGAUCUGACCGUGCAGCUUCACCUCUUGGUUAUGGGGGGGUCGUAACCCUCCAUCACAGAAAGAAGGCUGGACAAGGAGCUCUGAGGUUUGUGCGACAGUACCCCUUUGCCAUACCUGCGCUAUGGUGCAUUUUGAGCGGCAGAACCCUGGUUGUUCUGGGCGCAGAUGAGGGGCGGGUUCGCCGUUUAGUUGCUGCUCUGGCUCUCUUUGUUCCUUGUCCUGGAAAGUAUGGAAAGAGGGUUCAAGCCUGGCUGUCCUUCCCGUUCGCCCUCACUGACCUGCAGCAGUGGAAACUCAUCGGAUUGCAACGAGUGGCGUCCCCUGCUGGUUCUAGUAUGCUUUAUUCGCUGUCUCGCUAUAGUCGGUACAUCUCCAUUCUCGACGCUGACCAAAAGACCUUGCGCUGCCCUCCAUAUCGUGGCCAGCUGCUCGCCAACAUAGCUGAUCACCGCACCUACAUCCGCCGCGGCUCCACCUACUUCCUUCAUCUACAGAGCACUUUCUGUCGCCUGGCUGCCAAGGCCUUCCUUUUUACUUUUACACAUCAUUUCCACCUGCCGCUCAGCUCUGCCGAGGGGCCCGAAGUCGUGGAGGGCCGACGGCGUUGCUUUUUGCAGGAGCAGCUGGGUCUGAGUGAGGAGGACAGUCAGAUACUGCUCUACCUCAGCCAGCUCAUCACUCAGCAGUACCUACAGCCUUCCACAGGGGGCAGUGCAGCAGCAGCACCUUGUUUUAGUUUUAACUACACCACCAGCGUUUUAUAUAAAAUCUGAUCUUAUUCUGAUAUUUGAGCAGAACUUAUCUUUUACCCUUGGGUUUGAGUGGAUCAAUCAUAUUAAGGUCUGAAGUACUUCUAGUUUUGUUUUUUAAAUCUGCACUGAAUAUUCUUAUAUUUUUCAUUAGUGUCUUUUUAUUGCUCUUACUCUUUCUUCCACCUGCUGGAGAGAGGGUGUGAACUGAGAAUUAGAGCACUGGUUUAUUUUGGUUCAGGUCAAGUUGACAUUCAAAAAUAUGAGCAGAUGAACUUCUGGCUAUUUGUGUGUGUGUUUUUUUCCUCUUCUUUGUUACUUGCACUGACCUAUUUGAGGUGGCAGUGUGUGUGUGUGUGUGUGUGUGUGUGUGCGUGCGCGUGCGUGCGUGUGUGUUGGUGCUGGUCUGAGCCAAGCCAAGCUGACAGGAGCUUUGUGCCAAUGCCCACCAACUACCAAUCAUUUUGUCUGCUUGAAUAUAGUCUCAAAUCCUUGUCACCAUGACUUUUGAAAUGUUUGUAACGCGUCCUGACCGCGGUUUAAUCCAUCAUUUCUUUAGCAACAUGGAGCCUUGUUACAGCUGGUUUGUGACAUGAUUCUCUUCCUGCGUCCAUUUUACCUUUAGAGGCCAUUUUUGUUUUCUGAAACCACACCUCUAGGUUUUACACAUAUUCCUCAGUAGUUGUUGAAUUAUGGGUUGAUAAGAAAAGACACCCAUGUUGUUGGAAUUUGUAUGAACCAGAAGUGACUUGAAGGCAUGGAGGAAACGUCACCAGAGGUUUCUUUUAUGUUGUGAUGCAUGUAGAAGUGUGUUGGCUGUGAAUUAGACCCAGUUGGCUCCCACCUGAUGUUGCAUGUCCUGAGAAAUAAUGUAACAUACAGUAUAUCCCACAGUAUACUCACCCAUGUACGGCUGGCAGCACCAUGAAGUGUGAAAAUUCACUGCUGGCAGACAUUUUCAUGAUUAACUGACAUCAUCAGGUACAUUUUGAAGCUACUUAACAGAAGUGUAUUUCAUGUCACUGUUGUCUUAAAGUUGUGUGAUUGUUGUGGUGUCAGCAUGAUUGUCUUGUGCCGGAGUGAAUCGGUGUAUCGAAGAUAUUUUGCUGUAUUUAAAAGAACUAAUGUGGUGCUGAAUAGUUUGAUGGGAAACAUGAGGAUGUUGUCGUUUGUAGAUUUUAUUAAUUUAUGUGCCACAGACUUCUGAGAUUUUAUCAACCUUCUGAGCCUUUGCUAAAAAUGUGCUUUUAAUGAAAUUAGUUAUUUUAUGAAGAAUGCUUCUCAAAGGAAUUUUAGGAAAUGAUCGUCUGUGAGAAAAACGUAGAUUUUUUCUGAUGAAUAAAGGAAAAGUAGGUCAACCUGUAUGCAGCUAUUGAAUUUACAACAGAAGUGUCUGUGAUAGUUGUUUUUGCUGUUCCUAAUUCUGUGGCAUCAGGGACAACGCUCCAAAUGUGUGUUUAGGUCAGUAACUGUGCCGUGUCUGCAUGGUUGGAUUUUUAAUGUGAGAGAUCAAUCAUUGUAGGAUCAUUGCUGAUUAUUUUGCUAGCACUAUCUUGCUAUGAACAAAACAUGAAGGCAUAUACUUUUGACUAACUGUCACUUCACUAUUUUAACAUUCCACCUUAUGUAUUAUUUGAAUUUUUUUAUUUUUUAAUGCCAACAUAACACAAUUUCUGUUACAUUUAAAGCUAUUGCACAUGUAGUCGCAAAAAGGUGAAUGUAACCUGAAGAAGCCAUAUCACCGAGUGCUUAACAUAUGUUUCAGUGUGCACGUUGCCAUAUCAGAUCUCAUUUUUGCAUCAUCAUGAUGGGCAGUCUUUACCUUGCCCGUGUUGUUGUGCUUUUGCCAUUCUUUUUUUAAAAAUAAAGCACGUUGUAAAUGUCUUGAUGCUGUAAUGUACUGUUAAGAUAAACCUAACCUCAAAAUUAAAUUAUGUAACUUGAUUUUUAUAUUUGUUUCCAUAAGUGGUUAACACAUGAGGCAGUUGAUUGUGUUGAUUGUUGCUGAAUCUCACUGUGGGACGCUGAAGGAAACAGAUAACCAUUAAACAUCAGAUGCUCAUG